AUGUAAGAUCUAAGGUGUACUAUUGCAGAUCAUAAUAAAAAAAAGUUUGUAUCAAUUACUCUUUAGAAGGAAGCUGAAAAAAGAUUAUUCUGUUUUCAGUGUUAAAGUGAUGCUAUUGGUGGAGAUUUUACAAAAUCAUAAUUAGUAAGCAAACUUAAACUAUGUGAUUUGGAUGAAGUUAUGGAAGGAAAUGCUUAUUCUGUAUAUAAUUGGCCAGCUGAUGACGAAGGUAUCAAGGUCAAAGACUUCUUAGUUGGAUAUAAGGUAAUUGUUGAAUGUAACUUUCUUUAGAGUAUUGAAUAAUAUAGAAAGGAUAUAGAAGAUUUCUUUCUUCAAAUGAAAUAAAAAUUGAAUGAAUAAGUGGAGAAUGUUAAACAACUUUUGGUGGAAGCACUAAAUGCAACUUAAUUCAUGAAAGAUGAAAAACUUAAAUAAGAAGAGCCAGAAAAGAAGGAUGCCAAAAAGGAUGAUAAGAAGGAAACAAAGAAAGAUGAUAAGAAAGAAACAAAGAAAGAUGAUAAGAAAGACACAAAAAAGGAUGAUAAAAAAGAUGAGAAAAAAGAUCUAAAGAAAGAAGGUAUUUAUAAUUCUUAUAUUAAAUAGAUGAGAAAAUAGAUUUAACACCAACCAUUGAAAAUUUAAAGAAACAUUAUGAUACUAUUUAUGAUCUUACAAAAAUCAAAACUAUUAUUAAAGAAAAUGUUAAGAGUGAUCCAAAUCUCUUGAGUGCAAAAAUCAAUGAUUAUUUAAAUGAUCAAAAAAGAUCUGAAUAAAUUAUUAAUAUGAGAAAAGUCUUUUAAGGUGUCAUGUCUGGAAAAGUUGGAAUUAAUUAAAUUACAUUACAUAAAUAGGUAUUUGAAAGUUAUUGGGAAUAAAUUUAGAAUAGUAUUUAAUAAUGGCCUGUAAUCAAUUUUUAUUAAAUAUUAGUAUAAAUUUGGGAAACCUCAAUGGAAAUUAACACCUUCUAAAGCAGAUGAAUCUAAACUAAUUAAAUAAUUGGCAGAUGAUUUUAAAGAAUGUGCUGGAGCUGGAUUAUAAUCUUAGAUUAUUUAUUCUGAUAUAAGUUUUAGUGAAGGUUAACAUGGUUGCAUAGUAUUAUUUAAAGAAUUUGAUUAAAAGAGAGCUGGAGCAAAUGGUAAUUUUUAUGUAGGAGUUGUACCAGAAGAUUCUAAAGAUAAAUCUCCAUAUGGACAUGGUUAUAGAAAAGAUUUAUUUAGUCAAAAUGGGGAAGGAUUGAAUGUAAGAAUAGGAACUGAUUUCAAUAAUGUUUUUAAAGUAAUUCUAAUUAAAUAAAUAUUUAGAUGCCUCCAAAAUUAUUAGCUGUUAAAUUGGAUAUUGAUAACAAUUACUUUGAAAUUUGUGAUGGCAAACGUACAGUAGUUUAUGGAUUGGAAAAGGAUAGCAAAUUGAAAGAUCAAAAGUGGAGAAUCUAUUUUUGGUGGAAUAUAGCAGCUGAUAGAAUCUAAUUAAUUCACAGUUAUUGAGCCAAGUUUAUUUUUAUUAACAAAAUAAAUAUAGUUUUAAAUUUAAUCAAACCAUCCAAACCAACAUAAAAUAUGUCUAAGUAAUUUAAAUAAGUAAUUACACUAACUCUAUUCUUAGAAUCCAUAAAAUUCAUUCAAUAAACUAUUCAAUGUAUAAAUUUCUGUAACUUCCAGAUUAAAGAUUUAUGAUGUGUCUAGAACAUCUAAACCCCUCCAAAAUUUAUCCAAUAUUCCAAUUCGUACUUAAGAGGAUUAAAUCAAGAAAACUUAAACAAAAUCACCUUUAAGAUAGAAUUUUCAAAAGAACCCUCUUGAAAAUAAAUCAUCUAUAUAAAAUUUAGAUGAGAAGUCUAUUAAUAAGGGGAAAUCUCCAUUAUCAAGAAAUAUUAAGACUUCAGAAUAAUAAUAAUAGUUAUAAUCUGAUAAACAAUCGACACAAUAAAAAUAAACAAUUCAAUUCAAAAAUAAUGAACAAGAUUAACUCAAUACAAAUUAAUAAAAUGUUUUAAAAUCAUAAUAAAAUAUAAAACAAUAAGAUGUUCUUAUUUAAUAAAAAUAAUAAAUUAACCUUUAAAAAUAAUCUGUUUAACAAAAAUCAUAGAAUAAUUAAUAAUAAUUAACUAGACCAAAAACAACAACAAAAUCUUAAUUAUAAUUGAAGUAAAUAAUCUAAUAAGAUUAAUAAAUAAAUUCUACUUAAUAAGAUUAAUUAUUAAAAAUGACUCAUAAAACAAAAUCAUAGAUGAAUUUAAAUUAAAAAUAAGAAUAACCAAUCAAGAAUAGAUAGUAAUAGAUUUUUUAAAGAAAAUAGAGUAUUGAGGAUAAACUUUUAUAAUGUCCAGAGGGAUGUGGAAGAUCAUUUAAUGAAAAUGCUUUAGAAAAACAUUCAAAGGUAUGAGUAAAGAUACAAAAUAAUAUAGAUUUGCAAGAAGGUGUUUCAGUAGAAGAGAAAAGUGUUCAAUUCGUAGAUGUAAAGAAUGAUAGAAGUUGAGAAUGGUGGAUAAGAUAGAGGUUGCCAAAUGAAGAAGCAAGUGCAUAUAUAGGCAAAUAAAUUAGGAUAGAAGUAAUAAUAGUUAGUAAAAAAUGAAAAACCUAAAUGGUAAGCAUAAAGUGAAGCAUUCAGAGCAAUAAUAAGAUAGGCUAAGGGUUAGUAAUUGACAUAAGAAGAGUAGGUUUAAUUGAAUAGUGCUAUGGAGAGUGUUUAGGAUUUGGUGUAAUGCAAGUUUUGCAACAGAAAGUUUAAUUCAGAGGUUGCUAAGAAACAUAUAGUUUUUUGUGAGACAAAAACAAAAUAGUGUGGAAAGAGUGGAAUGUAAAAGAAAAAGAAAUGA